AUGGUUUCCACACACCCACACCUAAACUUCCGCUCCUUCGUCGAAGCCCUGAAAGCCGAUAACGACCUCAUUGAAAUCAACGACCCGAUCGAUCCCAACCUUGAAGCAGCCGCCAUCACCCAUGGCCUCUUCCGGAUCCUCGGUGCACCGGCCUCGCUGCGCGCCUCCUCGAAGGAUCGGUACGGUCGUCUGGCGCGACACCUCGCACUCCCGCCGACUGCAUCGAUGAGGGAGAUCCUGGAUAAGAUGCUCUCAGCGGCGGAUACGCCUCCCAUCGAACCCCGUGUGCUCAAGACAGGUCCCUGCAAGGAGAAUGUUAAGGUUGAUGGCGAGUUUGAUCUUACGGCCCUUCCCGCGCCGAUGGUUCAUCAGCAUGAUGGUGGGAAGUAUAUUCAGACGUAUGGCAUGCAUAUUGUGCAGUCGCCUGAUGGGUCGUGGACGAAUUGGUCGAUUGCGCGUGCGAUGGUCUCGGAUAGGAAUCAUCUUACCGGUCUUGUCAUUGAUCCGCAGCAUAUUUGGCAGAUUCAUCAGAUGUGGAAGAAAGAGGGCAAGGAUGUGCCUUGGGCGUUGGCGUUUGGUGUGCCCCCCGCUGCAAUUAUGGCGUCUAGCAUGCCGAUUCCCGAUGGUGUCACUGAGGCUGGGUAUGUGGGUGCGAUGACGGGUGAGGCGUUGGAACUUGUCAAGUGUGACACGAAUAAGCUGCUUGUUCCAGCGUCCUCCGAGAUUGUUCUUGAAGGUACCCUUUCGAUUUCGGAGCUUGGCGAUGAAGGUCCCUUCGGUGAAAUGCAUGGCUACGUUUUCCCCGGAGAUACUCAUCUCUGGCCAAAGUACAAGGUGGAUCGCAUUACCUAUCGCAACGAUCCAAUUUUACCGAUGUCAUCUUGUGGGCGCCUCACCGAUGAAACACACACUAUGAUUGGAUCUCUCGCCGCGGCCGAGAUCAGAAAGAUCUGCCAGAAAGUCGGUCUACCUGUCACAGAUGCCUUUGCCCCAUUCGAGUCGCAGGUGACCUGGGUGGCCCUACGAAUCGACGGCGUCAAGCUGCGCGAAAUGAAAACCAACUCUAAAGAACUCUGCAAGAAGAUCGGUGACGUGGUCUUCAACCACAAGGCCGGGUAUACCAUCCACCGACUGGUCCUCUGCGGCGAUGACAUCGAUGUGUAUAACGGCAAGGAUGUGAUGUGGGCUUUCUCGACGCGCUGUCGACCGAACCUCGACGAGUUGUUCUUUGAGGAUGUGCGUGGUUUCCCGCUUAUUCCGUAUAUGGGGCAUGGGAAUGGUUCGCCGGUCAUGGGUGGUAAGGUUGUUUCUGAUGCGCUUAUGCCGAAAGAGUAUACUACUGGUCGGGAUUGGGUGCCGGCGGAUUUUGAGAGCUCGUAUCCCGUUGAGUUGAAGGAGAAGGUUAAGCAGCGGUGGACCGAGAUGGGAUUUUCGAAGGUUGACUAG